GCGUGGGUAAUUUCCCGAAGCUGUAAUAGCAGUGACAGUGGUCGAACGGUCUUUGCACUAAAUUCACACGAAUCUCGAGAAAGGGGGGCACCUCGCAGUGGGGAAUACUGUGAAUGGGGAGGAUAAUGAAGACGGUCGGGAUUUAGCUGAAGUAUCUACGUCAAGCUCACAGGUCUAUGUGUAUUUGUGUUGCGUCAUUGUCUGGGUUUCCUCCAGCAAUGUUCAAAAGGUGCGGAUCCAAGAGUUCCAGAGCCAGAGAUCUCCCGGGCCACAGCGAGAUUCCUAAUGGUCCAGGCAUCCAUGUCCUUCUCCUCUGGACUAAUGAUGGGGAGAGAUACUUGUCCCACACUGGUGGAGCGAUCACAGCUGAGGAGCUGUGUAUCUCAGCCGCCCGGGCUGUCGGUAUAACGCCGCUGUGCUACGUUCUGUUUGCCUUGUACAACCCACAGUCCUGCUGUUGGUACAGUCCGAACCAUGUUUUCAGCCCAGAGGAGAACUCCUGUCUUGUACUUCAUUACUAUAUGAGGUUUUACUUCCAGAACUGGCACGGUCUGAACAAGAAUGAGCCAGCUGUGUCCCGUUACUGUCUCCGAAACAGACCCGAGCAGGGGUUGUCUCCUUUGCUUGACAUCAUGUCUUUGGAGUAUUUAUUUGCUCAGGCCAAGCAUGCAUUUGUGAACGACGUGGUGCAGAUCGAUGAAAUUCAGUCGGAGGAGGAGUUGAGCCGCUUCAAAAACGAGAGUUUGGGGAUGGCCGUGCUUUACCUCUCAAAACAGGCAGCCGUGGCGGACUGUACCUUAAAAGAGGUGGCAGAGAAGGUCAGCUUCCUGCAUUGCAUUCCGAAGUCUUUCGCCAGGAGCAUUUCUAAAGACAACUUCCUGACGAAAAUCAGGAUCCACAGAGUGUUUGGGGAAUUCGUGCAGACCUUCCAGCAACACACCGUGGACAGGAAGCAUGUAGGCACCCAGGAGAUCAUGUAUAAGUACAUUGCCACUCUUGAAAACCUGGCCCCGCGUUUUGGUACGGAGACUUUCGCCGUACCCCACCUGGAGGUGAGAAAUGACGGGGAUGAAGGCAGCUCCUACUUGAACAGAAUGGAUCCUCAGGAUGAUGAAAAGGACAACUUCACGGCUCCCACCACCCAUGAAAUCAUAGUGUCUGGCAUCAAAGGGAUUCGGUGGAGGAAGGUGUCUGUGCAGGCACAAGACAACGCUUGUCCUGGGAAUGACUACAUGAACUUCUCCAGGAAAGCCAAGCGCCAGUCUGCGCAGGCCAGCGUGAAAAGCCCCAACAAAUUGACAUCCUUCUGUGAUUUUCCUGAAAUAACUCAUAUAGCCGUUAAUGGAGCUAAUGUCUGCAUUAGCACUCAGGAAAACCAGUGCAUGGUGGUCCAGAUGAGAAGCAGCCAGGAGGCCCAUUCCUUCAUCUCCCUCCUGGACGGAUACUAUCGGCUGACUGCGGACGCCCACCACUAUCUGUGUCAUGAAGUGGCUCCCCCAAGGGUCGUACUGAGUGAGGCAAAUGGACUGCAUGGGCCUCUGCAAGACGAUUUUGUGUUGCUGAAGCUGAAGAAGGAGGCAGCGGAGGAGGGAGCUUUUCUCUUACGUUGGAGCACUUUUCACUUUCACUGCAUCAUCCUUGCUGUCCUUAAAAGAAACCAGAGCGAAUCAUCGAUAACUCAUAAGCAGUUUCGGAUUGAGCAGAGGGAUUCGAGGUUCGUUCUUGAGGGCUGGGACCGGGAAUUCUCUAGUGUGAAGGAGCUGAUCGACAACCUCAAGUUUUUCACGCUCAAGUCUGGAUCGGACACCUUUGCCAUUAAAAAGUGCGGCUUCCCGAGACAAGCAGAACUAUCCAACCUUCUGGUGAUCAGGAAAGGAGCCAGUCACCUGGUCACUGACGAAACCCACGCUCCGACGAAGCCCUACUUUCACUUCCACUGGAUUAAAGACAAAGAGAUUGUGCAGGAACAGCAUCUGGGUUGUGGAACCAGAACAAACAUCUACUCGGGCAAGUAUCUGGUAAAGGGAAAAGGAGACACCGAUGAAGACGAGGGGUUUAGAAACAACUCCAAGGACCAGAAAUCCAUCCGUGUGGUUCUGAAGGUUCUGGAUCAAAGCCAUAAGGAUAUAGCACUAGCCUUUUUUGAAACGGCAAGCUUCAUGAGCCAGGUAUCCCACAGCCACCUGGUGUUUGUGCACGGCGUGUCGGUCAAAGGAUCUGAAAACAUCAUGGUCGAGGAAUUUGUGGAGUUCGGACCUCUGGACGUUUUUUUGCGCAGAGAGAAGGCGUCGGUGAUACCUCAGUGGAAACUUAUCGUUGCAAAACAGCUCGCCACUGCUCUCAGUUACCUGGAGACCAAACAGCUGGUUCAUGGAAACGUCUGUGCCAAAAAUAUUCUGGUCGCAAGGCGAGGACUGGAGCUGGGCACAACGCCUUUCAUCAAACUCAGUGACCCGGGGAUCUCGCCGAGCGUUUUGUCACGGGAAGAGCGCCUCGAGCGGAUUCCGUGGAUCGCCCCGGAGUGCGUCGACAACAGUUUGUCUAACAGCAACACGGCCGACCAGUGGAGCUUUGGGGUCACACUGCUGGAAAUCUGCAACAACGGUGACGUUCCUCUCAGCGGCUGUGCUUUGUCUAAGAAGGAGCACUUCUACCAACAGAAGGGUCGAUUGGCUGAACCUUCCUCCCAGGAACUGGCUUCCUUGAUCAGCAUGUGUUUGACCUACGAACCCAUGGAGCGUCCUUCGUUCCGCACGAUCCUCAGAAAACUCACAGAGCUCCCAGGCCUCCCGGAAAAUACUGACUUAUUGCCCAAUAAUGCUGACCCAGACUCAGACGCCGGUGUCUACCAUAAACGCUAUCUGAAAGAGAUUCGUUAUUUGGGACAGGGCAAUUUCGGAACAGUGACUCUCUACCUUUACGACCCGGCCAAUGACGGAACGGGAGAGUACGUAGCCGUGAAGGCUUUGAAACAGGGCAACGACAGUGGCGUUGAGAGCUGGAUAAGGGAGAUCAAGAUUUUAAAGUCUCUUAAACACAUCAACAUCGUCAAGUACAAAGGUUGCUGCACCGAAAUGGGAGGACAAGUGGUGCAGCUGAUAAUGGAGUACCUUCCUCAGGGGAGUCUGCGAGAUUACCUUCCCACACACAAACUGAGUAUGGCCCAGUGCCUUUUGUUUGUUCAGCAGAUCUGUCAGGGGAUGAACUACUUACACUCCCAACGAUACAUCCAUCGAGACCUGGCGGCCCGCAAUGUCUUAGUGGAAAAUGACAAGUUGGUGAAGAUCGGAGACUUCGGUCUGACAAAAUAUAUCCCCGAUGGUCAAAACUACUAUCGCGUGCGCGAGGACGGGGACAGCCCCGUGUUCUGGUAUGCCAUUGAGUGCCUCAAGGAGGGUAAAUAUUCCUUUUCCUCCGACGUUUGGUCUUUUGGUGUGACGCUAUACGAGAUCUUGACGCGCUGCGACCCCCGCCAGAGCCCUCCAAAGAAAUUCGACGAAAUGAUGGACUCGACGCAGGAAGGAAUAACACUGGUGGCUCUGAUAAAGCUGUUAGAGGCACACACGCGGCUGCCUUGUCCGAAAGAUUCCCCACAUGAGGUGACGCUGUUGAUGCAGCAGUGUUGGUCUGCAGAUCCUGCGCAGCGGCCUUCGUUCCAGGGUCUAAUUGAUCGCUUCGAGAGCAUUCAUCGAAUGUACGACUGGCAGCCCGGUACAAACUUUUCCCUAGCUCAGAUUUGCUGAUCAAUUACGACUGCUUGGUUGACAUAUACGGUGUUGCCUUCUGGCUUCUAUUGUAUUUCUUCCUUAUGUAAUAUAUUAUAUAUACAGUAUAUUAUUUCAUUAACCACAAUUUAAGCACCCCGCCGUCUUCUGACACCUGAAAGUAUGAAUCCAAUAAUAAACUCAGUCGUUGUUGUUUUACCUUCCUGCUCGACAAGGUAAAUGCCACGGGGGGAAAGGUGGGCUGUUGGCGGCAGCCCACUGUGUGUGUUUGUUUUGCAUUUACGUGACGUACGAGUAGGUUGUCGUUUACUUUUUUUUUGGUUCGUUUUUCUUUUCUGUUUCUGAUUGUGAUUGAGUGAGUAUUAACUUCUGUUUUUAGUAAUAAAGUAUAACAAACCAAG